AGGAAUUUCCUGUGGAAGGUCAUGUUUGCUGGUGGCUCCGACAGUCCUUAUGCCAAAGUGAUGAGGGGGCAGAUCACCCUGACCCAGCUCUUUUCCGAGAUGGAGGAGGGCUGCAGGCAGCACGCCACCGCCUCGGGCAUCACCCUGCCAUCCGCCUUCUCUGUUGCCCAAGCCUUCGAGGAGAUGGCGGCCAAGGGGACAAUCAAUACCCCCCUCUUGCAGGCAGCAAGGGUGCUGCGGAGGAAUGGAUUUAAGACCUGUGUCCUCACGAACAACUGGGUGGACGACAGUGCCGGGCGGCUCUUCACGGCCACGCUGAUGAACCUGCUGCACCGGCACUUUGACCUGGUGAUCGAGUCCUGCCGGCUGGGAAUGCAGAAGCCAGAUCCCGAGAUCUACACUUACGCCCUGGAUGCGCUGAAGGCAAAGCCGCAGGAGGUCAUCUUCCUGGACGACAUUGGGGAGAACUUGAAGCCGGCCCGGGAGAUGGGCAUGGCCACCGUCCUCGUCAGGGACACUGAAACUGUCCUAAAGGAGCUGGAGGAGCUCUCAGGCAUCCAGCUUCUCACUCAGCAAGAGCCACUACCAACAGCGUGUGAUCCAUACAACGUGACCCAUGGAUAUGUGCCCAUCCGGCGUGGUGUCCAGCUGCACUUCGUGGAAAUGGGGCAGGGCCCUGUCAUCUGCCUCUGCCACGGCUUCCCUGAGUCCUGGCUCUCAUGGCGUUUCCAGAUCCCAGCUUUGGUUGAUGCUGGCUUCAGGGUGAUUGCUCUGGAGAUGAAGGGCUACGGGGAGUCCACAGCCCCACUGGAUAUAAAAGAGUAUUCCCAGGAGCAGAUAUGCAAGGACCUGGUGGUUUUCCUGGACAAACUGGGCAUCCCUCAGACCGUGCUGGUUGGCCAUGAUUGGGGCGGUGCCGUGGUCUGGAACAUGGCUCUGUUCUACCCUGAGAGGGUGAGAGCUGUAGCCUCGCUGAACACCCCGUACCGACCCCCCGAGCAGUCUGUGGACAUUGUGGAGAAGAUGAAAAGUAUCCCCACCUUUGAUUACCAGUUCUACUUCCAGGAGCCGGGUGUCGCGGAAGCAGAGCUGGAGAAGGACAUCGACCGGACACUGAAGAUCCUGAUCCGCUCCACACGCCGGGAGGACCGCCUGCCCAUCACAUUUGAAUUCCACCGGGUCCAGGAGCGAGGGGGGCUGCUGGUGGGCUUCCCAGAAAACCCUCCUGCCAGCCAGAUCCUGCACGGCCCUGAGCUGCAGUACUACGUCCAGUGCUUCCAGAAGUCUGGCUUCAGUGGCCCCUUGAACUGGUACCGUAACAUGCGACCCAACUGGCGCUGGGCCCUCUCUGCCAAGGACAGGAAGAUCACGAUGCCAGCGCUGAUGGUCACAGCCGGGAAGGAUGUGGUGCUGCAUCCCAGCAUGAGCAAGGGCAUGGAGGAGUGGAUCCCACAGCUGCACCGGGCGCACAUUGAGGAGUGCGGGCACUGGACGCAGAUGGAGAGGCCAGCGGUGCUGAACAGGAUCCUGGUGGAGUGGCUGGAGGGGCUCCCCCCAGAUCCUUCCCUUCCCAAGAUCUCCAGGCUGUGA